AUGGCAGGAUUCGCGCUCAUGAGGGGCAGCGGCGGCGCGCAGGUCGCCUUCCCUCAGCCACCGCAGCAUACCCAACAGCACCGCCAACAGCCAACAAAGAUUCCAAAAGCGAGCUUCCUCUCGCGCAUACGCCGAUCACAGUCACCAACACCAGUCAUCACACCCUUCCCCCACCCCAACGGUGCCACCCCAUCCCCUUCCAACCCGUCGACCGAGCCAUCGCCCCCACGCACAUCCUUUUCUUCGCUCAUGCGAGGCUCUAAACCCCCACCCGUAACCGUCCCCGAUCCCGCCAUGUACCGCAAGCGCAACAUGUCGUCCGACUCGGUCAGCGUCAACGCGCACUCACCCAGCCAGUCAUUAUUCUCACGAAUCUCGGGCUCUGCGAGGUCCUCCCCUUCCCCGCGCUCGGCGAGCUUCGGCGUCCGCUCACCCAACGAGAAUGCUAGCAAAGUCCUGCCGCCGAUGCCCGGCGCACAACCGGGCAUGGUCCACUCCAAGUCGACCAGCAAUCUCGUUUCCCCGGCCAUCUCGACGGCGGAGCUGGCUUACGACAUGUCAUCCGCACCGUCAACCGCUGGGCUUGCCUACGCCGCGUCGUCAUCAGGUCCAUCCACCGCUGGCCUUCCUUACGCCUCAUCUGGACCUCCUUCGGCUGACAUCAACCAGCCACAUCCAUAUGCGCAGUUGAAAUCCUCAACAGGUUCUCGGCGCCGAAUGGACCACAUGGGUACCUCCGAAGUGCUCGCCCAGGAACCAUCUUCCCUGCCUGGCACCUUCGGGCGCGCGUCGCGCAACAACGCCCCUCCCAGUGAAAGCGAUUAUGGCGACAACGGCGGAUACUCGUCCUCGACCUCUGAAGACCGCUUUACUCCCAUUCCUCGCCCAAACCGGAAGCUACGAUCACGGCCAUCCAACCGCGGUCUGGGGGAAGAGGUGCGGGUUGCUCGGGAGGCUUUAGAAUCACCUCCACCACAUGUCCGGCGUGCGCCUGACGAGACUGUCAGUGGGAAUAAUGAAAGCGCUUUCGACCCGUCUGGAACGAACAACACCAGCCCACAAACUGGCGUCUCGGCAUCCUCACUGGGGCUCGACAUCGGACAGUCCCCCAUGAGCACUGGCGAGACACACGUCACUGCGCACUACUCACCCAGCAUGCACACGGCAGUGCCUCCGAUUGGCGCCGGGGAGAUCAACACGUCGCUCCUCGCAACACAGGCUGCUCUUGACUGCGAGAGCCUCUUGGUUGGCUCGUGGGACGAGGCGGAGAAGUGGAAGAAGGAGCUGUCUGCCAUUGCGGGCAGCCUCCGUGCCGCCCAGACCAAGUACAACCGCGAGCUCAAGUUCCUCGCGAUAUCGAAGAAGGUUGCGCAUUUGGACUCGUCUGCCGCAAGCAAGCGCGAUUCUACGAUUCAGAGCUUGGCGACUCUGCAGCACCGUGUGGACGUCGCUGAGAAGGAAUUGCAACCCCUUCAUGAACGCGAAUCAGCCCUUCGGAGGCGUUUGAACGAGCACUACGCUGGCGUCCUGGCGCGUGAGCUUCGCCAACUCCAGAGGCGCGAGAGCCAGUCGAGCAGACAGCCGAACGAUCCAGCACGGGCUCUUGAAGAAGCGCAAAACCGCGAGUAUCAUUACGCGCAGAGGAUUCAGGAGCUUGAGCAGCGGCUCGCAGCAGGCGCGACAGCGGUCGGAUCUCGCGAUGUGGACGCCACGAGCUCGCCAGAUGUGGACUCCCUUCGGAGGCGCGAGUACGACCUUGCACGCCGUCUGGAGGAAGCGGAGGCUCUUAUUCGCGAGCAGAGCCACGCUCUUGAGGGUGAACGUGAGCGAUUCUCCCGCCAGAUCCGCAUGCUUGAGGCAGAACGCGACAUCCAGGCCAAAGGGUUAUCGCAGAUCGAGGCCGAGCGUGACAUCCAGGCCAAGGGGUUAUCGCAGAUCGAGGCCGAGCGUAACGAGCACUUGAACCGCGCCCAAGAACAUGCCAAUCGGUUGCAAGACUUGGAGCUCACUGUCGCCGACCACGUCCAGCACAUACGCCACCUCGAGUCCGAGCGUGACUCGCACGCACAGCAGUCCCGUCAGCUCCAGACAGAGCGCGACGCUCACGCCGAUCGGAUACGUGUCUUCGAGACACAGAAGGACACUGACAGCGAGCAGCUGGCAUCGGUAAAGGCCGAGCUCGCGACGAUUAUGACUCAGCUGCGCACCACUGAGACCGACCGAGAUGGAUUCACGCAACUCUCCCGCGGCCACGAACAAGAUAUCACCCGCUUAACAGACCGUGUGGAGGAGCUCGAGGAGCAGCUCACCGAAGCUCAUCGUCGCGAGGGGGUACUGAGUAGUAACCAGCGGGCGCUUGAGGAGAACGCUCGAUCGUUCGACAGUGCUGCGGCACAGUUCUCCAAGGACCGUGACGAGUGGCUGCGUGAGCGGGACGAGAUCGCCCAGCAACAUCACCAAGUGCUCGACAGUCUGGUCGCAGAGCGUGACGGCUUUGCCACAGAGCGCGAUGACCUCACAUCGCAGCGCGACGACCUCGUCAAAAAGUGCAGCCAGCUUGCCGACCAGUGCGAUGAGCUCGUCAGGGAACGCGGCACCCUCUCUAAGGAGCGCGACGGCCUCGCAAAGGAGCGUGAGGGCUUCGUUAUGGAGCGUGAUGCCCGUGAAUUGGAACACCAGACGUUCGUCUCACGGCACGAGACGACGGCGUCUCUCAACCGCACCUUAAACGAGCGGAUCGGUGCCAGCCUAGGCGCGCUGCUUGGCCGGGCCCCAUUUGAGGAGUCGGAGAUUGCCUCUGCCGUGGACGAGGCGGCCGCCCAGAUGGCCAGGCGCGAUCGCGAUAUUGCCAGACUUCGCCAGGAAGUGCAGGACAUCACCGCGGCUAACGAGGGCGCCGACACAGACUUCAUGCGUGUGUCGAGUGAACGCGACGAGUGGAAGCAGGUUGCCGAGGACGCCAAGCGCGAGGCGGCCGCUGCAACCACGGCGCAUCGCAGCACGCAGGACGAACACAUGGAGCUUGUCCGCAAGAUGCGCACCCAGAACACCGAAAUUAUGGAACUCAAGCAGCGCAUAACUGGUGAUGUUGGUAGCCCAUCAAGCUCACCUGAGCUUAUUAUCAAGGUCGCCAAGCUUGAGACUGAGCUCGCUAACGUCAACACGGCGCUCACUAAGGCUUGGAGCGUGCUUCCGGCACCAGCCGCCAGCGGUGACGCAGGACUCAACGACCCUCGCAUCGUGUCGCCAAACUCGUACAUCAACUUCGCAGCACUGCAGCGCGCGUACGCUGGCGCGCCGGCGACCGACAAGUACCCUGGCAUCGACGAGCUCCUGGACCGCAUCCAGAGUGUCGUUCGUGACGGACGCAUCCUCGUCGAGCGCAUGGCCAACCUCGAGAAGGACAAGGAGCGGCACAAGGCGAACGCGUCCAAGGCGGCCAAGCUGGUCGAGAACAGCCAGCAAGCGCUUGAGACAUACAAGCGCCAGGUGGGUCUGCUCGAGGAGCAGCUCGACACCAACCAGCUCGCCCUCGAGUCAUACCAGCGACAAGCCGCCGAGCUGGAGGACCAGUUGAUGUACAAGUCAGCCGUCGCCGCGUCCGAGCAAGAAGGCGACCUAGAGCGCGCUCUCGCCGGUCUUCGUGACACGAAGGAACGGAACGUGCAGCUGACGGUGGACCUCGGCGCCAAAACGACGGCGCUUGCGCAGCUUGAGGAUGACAUUGAUCAAUUGCGUAACCACGUCUCGCGCAUGGAGAAGGAGAACGAGGACGAGCGCCGACGCUUCCAGGAGCAACACAUGGUCAUUCUCGACGAGAUGAACCAAGCGCACGAGCAAAACGAGACGCUACGAACCAAGCUGCGAGCGGCCAAUGCCAGCACCACGAGCGUCAACCGCGUAGGCAAGUAG